AUGGCCGGGCUCUCCGCCGAAGAUAGUGCCGAGGUAGUGCGGAUCAAGAGAAUCGCGCAGCGGGCGGGCACCCGGCGCACCACCGAAGACCUCUGGCUAGAACUGCGGAGGGCAUUCAACGAGGCGCAGGAGACGCGAACGACCGGGAAGCACUUCGGCGAACUGUACUACGCCGCGUACACCAUGGUGGUGCGCAACAGGGGAGCGCGUCUCUACCGCGGAGUGCGCGAUGUUGUGACGGAGCAUCUGGCCAACAAAGUUCGUCCCUUCGUCUUGGCUAAAGCUCGCGACGACGACUUCUUGCAGGCACUGAUUCAGGCCUGGAGGAACCACCAGAGGAGCGCGACGCUGAUCGGCGCAAUCGUGGUGUACAUGGACAACGUGUUCGUGCCUCGGAACAACGUUGACAGUGUGCCCAAACUGUUUAUGUCGCUGUUCCGCGACGAGGUGGUACGGCGAACCGACGUGCGGGGCCGCCUCCGUGAAACCCUGCUCGGCCUCGUGAAGGCCGAGCGCGAAGGGACGCGAGUCGACCGGACUUUGAUGAAGGAGGUGUGCGGGAUGCUCGCAAGUUUGGGACUCAAAUCGAGCUCGGUCUACCAGGAAGACUUUGAGAGGCCGUUCCUCGCUGAGACGGCGAAAUUCUACGCUUUGCGGGGCCAAACUUACGUCGAGAUGAAUGACGCCCUCGACUACAUCGCCAGAGUGGAGCAACACGUCGACGAAGAGUCGGAACGGGCGAGGCAGUGCCUGGACGAGUCCACCGCGGGGCCCGUCGUGCAAGUCGUGCUGGAGCAGCUCGUCGGGAAGCACAUGAAGGCCAUCGUGGAGAUGGAGGACUCCGGCGUUGUCCAUAUGCUCGAGAACCGGAAGACAGAGGACCUGAGGCGGACGUUCCUGGUCCUAAAGCGCGUGCAGGGUGGAGUCAUGACAUUGCUGGACUGCGUGAGCAAGCACUGUCGUGACCUAGGAAGAUCCAUAGCGAGUGAGCACGGCGACUCGAUCAGCCUGGUACCGAAAGUGAUGGAGCUGAAAGACCGGUUUGACUACUUUCUGCAGCACUGCUUCGACGGCAAGCCCCUGGUCAAAGAGACGAUGGAGACCGACUUCGAGUACAUCCUCAACCUGACCCGCACGUCGGCUGAGCAUCUCUCAACGUUUGUGGACGACGUGUUGCGAAAUCGUAUCAAGUGCAUGACAAAGCAGAAGAUUGACCAGUUGCUGGACAAGGUUGUGGCCAUAUUUCGGUUCUUGCAGGAGAAGGACCUUUUCGAGCUCCACUACAGGGAGCGCCUGGCCAAUCGGCUGCUGCUCGACGAUGGCGUUGCUGCCGACGCGGAGAAGACUAUGGUCAACAAGCUCGGAAGCAUUUGCGGUUCCCAGUUCACCUACAAGAUAGAAACCAUGUUCAAGGACCUGCUCAUUUCCGGUACCCUGAUGAAGCAGUUCAAGGCGAUAUUAUCUUCCUGCGACCUGUGUUCGCAUGGAGUCGACUUGGACGUGCGCGUGCUCAGAACGGGCUUCUGGGCCCUGCCUGUGGCCACGCGGCAAAUAAACAUUCCAGCCGCCCCACGCAGCGCGUUCGAAAUGUUCCGACUGUUCUACAUGGCCAAGCACGAUGGCCGGCGACUGACCUUGCAGCCGCAUCUCGGCUGGGCAGAAAUGAAGGCCAUGUUCCGUGGGCCGUGGCAGGACGAGGCAUCUUCGUCUCGUCAAGCGGACACGCCGUCCAACGAGACCCAAGCCUUCACCAUCCAGGUGUCCACGUACCAGAUGUGCUUACUGAUGCUGUUCAACAACCGCGACAGGAUGUCCUGCGAGGAGAUCGCGACCGAGACGGAGAUCCCCGAAAAGGACCUCGUUCACGCCCUGAGUUCGCUGUGCACGGGCAAGGCCUCCGAACGACUGCUUAUCAAGACGCCCGACACGGCGGUGGUCGAGAAAGACCACGUCUUCGCCGUCAAUGACGCCUUCACGCCUAGUGGGCAGAAAGUGAAAAUUCCGUCCUGUGAAAAGGACUGCGCUCAUACGGAGUACGAUAAGUCACUAGUGGCCAACCUAGGUCAAGAGCGAAAGUAUGCUACGGAAGCGGCCGUCGUGAGGAUAAUGAAGGCGCGCAAAAAAUUAUCCCACAACGACCUCGCGGCCGAGGUCGUAAGCCAGCUUCGAGCAAGGUUUACUCCCACUGCCGCUGAGCUCAAGAAAGUAGUCAACGACCUCGUAGGCAAAGAGUACUUAGAGAGGGCCACCGAGGACCCGGAAGUGUACAUCUAUAUACCAUGA